CUGAUAUCGGGACGAGAUCGCCCGGUCUUCAGUUCCAUUCCAGCGCCCUAGGCACAGAACUCAGCACCGCUCCAGCGCCUACCCCAGUGCCAUCUCCCCCGAAGCGCGCUGGGGUUCAGUAGCUUAGCUCCCCGCUAAAUUGGUGGCCCGCUCGUGCCGCCCCUGAUAACCUCCACAGUAGCCAUUACGACAGUGACCACGAACGGUUGAAUCGACGUUGGAUUGCUCCCAGUCCUCCAGUCCAGCCUCCUUCGACGAUCUCUGAACCACGUCCUUCGGCCAGCCUCGAUAUUCUAUCCACAUCCACCUCCUGGUCGUGACCUCAAUCCCACUCUUCAAGCCCCGCGAUUCCGUCCUCUCCAGUCCGCAACACACACAAGCAGCAACAAUGCGCCCAACGGUUCUUCUGAGCGCCGCCUGCGCCGGCUUGGUCGCAGCCCAUUCGCAAGCUCCCAUCGUCCCCGAAGGCGCUGACUGGAUGACGAAGCAUAUGGCAGAGGAGCACCAUAUCGCGGGCUGGGACGCCAACUCCUUCUUCGCUCUUCACGAUUACGAUAGCAACGGCCGGUGGGAGGGUUCCGAGAUACAGCGCACCUACGGUCUCAUGGAUGUGUCCAACAAUGAAAUGCUGCAGAGCCGAAAAGACGAGGUCCUCAAAAUCUUGCUAGACCUCCUAGACAAGGACGGCGACUUCUCCGUUACCCUUGAGGAGUGGAACAACUUCAUCGGCUCGGGCAAGACGCUGCCCGAUCUGGGCACUGGCCCCGGCCACCACGGCGACGACGAGUACGAGUACGAGAUCCACCACUGGGAGAAGUAUCACGACGAGAACACCAAGCUCGAGGACCUGACGCAUCCCGAGGACAUUGAGCACUUCAAGAAGCAUGAGCAGAUGGAGGACGAGGAGGACCGCCUCGAGGCUUUGAACAAGAUCCCCAUCGUCGAAGCUAACAUCCCCUCAAAGUUCCGACGAUCAUCUUAGGCUGGACAUUGGAUUUUCCUCCCGUGGUAGGAUAGAGGCGCGGGUGGGGCGUAUGAUAUCAUGACGGAUGAUUUGUACAUUGGUAAUAUUGCUAUUGAGAGAUAGAACCUGUAACAUGAAUGUCAAAGACACAAUGCCAGACGCCUGGCGCAAACGUUUUGA